GCGAAUCUCCGAGUGCCGAUCGGUACCCUGCGGUCAGGAUCGAACAUGCGGAAUUGGCUUUGGUGUGGCGGUACAGGGACAGAAGCACAGCCACAGAGAAGGUCAAACGACGUUCCACCAAACCAAACAUUUCACAGAUGUGGCGGCGAGUCGCUGCGCUCGAUUCCUGCUUGCCAUUUACGCAACAAUGAAGUGCCGUUGCCGGCACUCUUGUCCUUACGCUGUUUCGACCCUUGAACGUCAUGAAUCCUGCGGCCCCUUUGAUCGCUCGACUGGCGUGUCCAGGGACCACCGAUCGCCAUGGACCAUGUGCCUCAUGUCAGCGAGUCUGACUCUACAAGCCAAAUUAAAGAUACAAGCGCGAUCGGACAACACAGCUUAAAGGUCCAAUAAAACCCGGCAGGGGGGCGAUUCCAGGCCAGCCCAGACCGACUGCCUCCGCACCCCGCAGCGUCAGCCAUGGCCUACACGAUGUUCCCCUCGCUCGGCAUCCAGGCGCUGAUCACCUGCCUCCAUGUCCUCGGAGUCACGAUUGUGUCGUGCUUCAUCUCCCGGCGGCUCAUUCUCGCCGAUGGGUUCUCCGUGCGGGCGGUUCUGCAGCUUCCGUGGGCGCGGCUGUGCACGCUGUUGAUCUUCAUCGACUCGUACCUCUUUCUCUUCGCGUCAACGCUCGUGAUAUUUGGCUUUGGUCUUCAGCUCAAUGCUACGUCGUGUGCGGCCGGGAUAUACCUCUGCGUGCUCUUCUAUGCGACAUCUAAAAUCCUGAUAUACCUCUUUUUGACUGAGAAGGUCUAUGUCGUUUGGGACACCGGGCGUUCGCGAUUCAGGUCGCCGGUGUUCCUUGUGUGCUUCGUCACUGUCGCUCUUUAUCUGGCCAUCGUUCUCAUCAUGUUCUUCGGUCGAAUCGAAGAGUUCCGCCCUGAAGAUGGCGCUUGUAUCAUUGGUCUCAAGCCUACUGCAUCCAUCCCACUCCUUUCCUACGACCUUUACAUCAACGUCCUGCUGACUGGACUUUUCAUGUGGCCGUUGUUACGUUCCAAGCACUCCAGCGCACGGCUCCGGCGUGUGGCAACGAGAACGCUCAUCGCCUCCGCCGUUGCACUGACCACCUCCACGGUGAACAUGACCGUGCUCACUCUCAUGCACGGCCGCCAAUUUGGAUGGCUCUGUCUCGCCUGCUGCUCGUCAGACGUGAUUUUCAACGCCGGCGCCAUCUUCUGGGUCACAGACGGCAGCACGGGCACCGCCACGACGUCCGGCGCGCGCAACAACACCGGCUCCGAGAGCUUCACGAUGUCGGUCUCGCUGCCCCCCACGCCGGCCCGAAGCAACUUCUCCGCGCCGAACAGCCCAGCGCGCGGCGGCUUCCGGCUGGCGGACAAAAGCAUGUUCAAAAUCGGACGCCGGUCGGGCGGCGACAACGGCUCGAUGCUGUCCCCGACCACGCAGGAGUUCCAGAUCCACGUGACGCGGGAUACGGCGGUGAGCACGAGUCCGCUGCCGCACGACGCGCACAAGGGGCUGCCCGUGGCUGUCGAGUUGUCGCGCUCGAGCACUAAAGACGAGCUAGAGCGGACCACGACCAAAGACUCCGGGGGCCUAUGAGCGCCCCGCACUGUAUUUUUAUCAUACUUUUUUGGCAUUCAGUGCGUAUUUAGGGGCAUCCGGAAUUAACCGCGGGACGUCCGCUGGGCCAACCCAGCGGAGGCCCAGCGGACCCCACUUUUUGACAGACCGCCGCUCUCGACGACGACAACGAGUACGGCUACUGGAUGUAUGUCAGUAGGUAGUUACAUGUAAGUUGUGCCCGUGCGUCGUAGGGGACAGGUAGCGGAUGUCGUCGUUCCCGACAUCAACGAUGUGUCAGGUUCGAAUCCGGCGGAGGCCCACUUGAAGCGGCGCCGCACCCAGCGGAGGUCUGGCGGAGGUCUGCGGAGGUCCAGCGGAUGUCUGGCGGAUAUCUGGCGGUGGCCCAGCGGUGGUGUGCGGUGGUCUGGCGGUGGUGUGCGGAGGCCCAGCAGUGGCCCAGCGGAUGUCUUGCGGAUAUCGCGCCGCGGUCGACCAGCCCCACUUGUGACUGCCAUCACCACGCGGCGCCGGAGCGCUUGUAGUCAUAGUGAUAGUAUCGUUUCACCAAAACAAUACUCAGACUUAUUACAUGGGCGCGGCAAACGGGCAUGCCCCGCCAAGCGGAGUUUGAAUUUCGCCCGGCGGGCUUUUGAUGGCGGGCAUGGGCAUGGGCAUGGCUUGCGCCAUAGUCUAGACACCACAUACUAUUCUGUGUCGUCGCGGCGGCGAUAGGGACGUCGCU